AUGGAUCCUAGUUGCUACCGAGAGGAGGCACAUUUUCCUACAGGGAAACACUGCACAAACUAUGCUGCAGAGGUUGAGGCUCUCAUUCAUGCUGCCAACAUCAUCAGCACUAGAGAGGAGAACUGUUCACGUGUCGUCUUCCUGACUGAUGCUCUCUCUGCCCUCCAGGCUCUUGAAAAGAACAAGCUUGACAGACUUUCAGAAGCCCUACAGCCUAUCAGCAGUGUUAACCAAGUCGUGCUGCAAUGGAUCCCUGCUCACUGUGGCAUACCAGGAAAUGAAAAUGCAGACAGACUGACAAAACUGGGUGCAGCUAAAGAACAGGAGGAUAACUGGGUGGCAUACGAAGAGAUGAAAUCUCAUAUUAAAUAUCUGAAUAGACCUCUCAAACAAACCAAUGAUUAUUACCUGCUGUCCCGUCAGGAACAGGUCAUCAUUUUCCGACUAAGGACUGGACACAACAGGCUGAACCAGCAUAUGCAUAGGAGGAACUCUCGCCAUUUCGUUAUCUCGUCCAAGAACCGACUGAACGGGACUUAUCUGCCGUAA